UGUUUCUGGUCCGAGAGGUUUUUGGCGAGGAAAUAUCUGCCUUCGUCUUCGUCUUCGUCUUCGGUCUUCUCCGGCCCAAAACCCUACCAAGAAGCUCUUUUCUUCCAUGGAAAUGGCUUCUGUCUCUCUUCAGUUUUCUCUCUCUUCUUCAGUCUCGAGCUUUCGAACAGUUGAACAUCGAGCUCGUCCUGGUGCUUCUCUGUUUCUCGCCGGGAAUCAAGCACGGGUCUCUUAUGAUGUUUCCCGAAUCAGACAAGUUCCAGGAUUUUCUCCUAAACUCCUAAACUCCAACCGUGGAUUCGCUGUUUAUGCUGUUGUGGAUGAUAAAAGCGUUUGCCCGAAAGAUAGCCCGGGAUUUUCUGGAGCUUCACCUGGUUAUGACAAUGGAGAAACUAAGGAUAGUGAAGCUGAAAAGUCAGAACGCCAGAGAAUGACCAAAGUUUGUGAUAAGCUCAUUGAGGUUUUCAUGGUGGACAAGCCCACUCCCAGUGAUUGGAGAAAGUUACUGGCUUUCAGCAAAGAGUGGGAUAAUAUCCGACCCCAUUUCUACAAUCGCUGUGAAGAGCGAGCGGAUAAUGAGGAGGACCCUGGAAUGAAGCACAAGCUUCAUCGGCUAGGGAGAAAACUGAAAGAGGUCGAUGAAGAUGUGCAAAGGCACAACGAGCUUUUGAAAGUCAUCAAGGGAACACCACCGACUGAAAUUGAUGAGCUUGUUGCCAGGCGACGUAAAGAUUUCACAAAGGAGUUUUUCGUGCAUUUGCAUACCCUUGCAGCAUCAUUCCAUGACAAUCCCACGGAACAGAAUGCUUUGACGGAACUUGGGAACACGUGUUUGGCGGCUGUACAAGCUUACGAUGCAUCGGCUGAAACCGUUGAAGCAAUCAGUGCUGCAGAGUUGAAGCUGCAAGACAUAAUCAAUUCCCCGUCUCUUGAUGCCGCUUGCAGAAAGAUCGACAGCUUAGCUGAAAAGAACCAACUUGAUUCUGCAUUGGUUCUGAUGAUCUCCAAAGCUUGGUCUGCUGCAAAAGAAACACACAUGAUGAAAGAUGAGGUAAAAGACAUAAUGUACCAUCUGUACAUAAGAGCAAGGGAGAAUCUCCAGAAGCAAAUGCCGAAAGAGGUGAGAAUACUGAAGUAUCUCCUCAUGAUUGAGGAUCCCGAGGAACGGAUGAGCGCCCUGAAAGAUGCGUUCACUCCCGGAGAGGAGCUUGAAGGGAUAGACGUAGACUUGUUAUACACGACGCCGGAGAAUCUGCACAUGUUGAUAAAGACAGUGUUGGAGGCUUACCAUUUCAGCAGGGAAGGGAGUUUGGUAAGAGAAGCAAGGGACUUGAUGCGGCCUCAGCUCAUUUCCAAACUGGAGGAACUCAAGAAACUGGUCGAGAAACACUACAUGUGAGAUGUUCUGUCUUGUUUUUGUACAUGUUCUUCUCUCGUCUACGUAGGAGGAGCUGUUGUAACAAUGUAGAUGGACGACCGGUGAUUUAUUCUACUUUAUAAUAUAUAUACACUGUAUGAUUUUAUAAAUCUCUCUCUCUAUAUCAAUGUUGGUCCAAAAUGUUUGUACAAUUCUUGGAUCAUGUAUCGGUCACAUGUUUUCAAAAGCUAAAUUUUGUAUUUGCUUA